AUGACUUCACCUGCUAUAUCAGGCAAAUAUGAAAUAAUAUCUGAAACAAAUUCACCAAUAAUAGAGCACACAGCAGAUGAAGUGCUGUUGAACGAAAAAUAUUCUAUCCUCAGUGAUGAAUUUGAUGGCAUCAACCUCGAGAGGGGAAAAUGUGGUGUUUUUGAUAUUGAGGAUUUAGUGGAUUUGUUGCAAAGAGAAAACUCAAAAAAUAUUUUUGUAGCCUCUGUCCCCAAAGAAAUCAACUAUGUACAAUAUAUAUGUGUUGUUAGUAGCCGUAGUAAAAGGCAUAUAAAAGCAUUGGCUGAGUUUGUUCGUAAGGUUUAUAAGAAAAAGUGUUACCAAUCAGAUCAAAUUCCAAGAAUAGAGGGAAAAGACUCAGAUGAUUGGAUGGCCUUAGAUUUAGGUAAUAUUGCGCUUCAUAUAUUUUCUGACAAAAUCCGAGAAGUUUAUGAUUUGGAAACCUUAUGGGCAGUUGGUCCAGAAUAUGACAAACAAAUGAAUGAAAAGAGUGAUGUUGUUAAUAUAUUCGAAAACUACAGUUCAUAUUUGAAAGACCUGAAACCCUUAGCA